GCAAAUGUCAACUGUAUAUAUCAUUCCUGUGCCUGAGAAAAGUGAAAAUCGUUUAUUUGUGUGCGCCAAAAAUCCAGAAGUUUUCCUUCUUCAAUACAUGGGCCAGAUAAAUAUUUCAUUAUGCAAAAGCAACAAUCUUAAAGGAAAUCGUGAAAAGCCUUAAUAAAUUACAAAAUAUCAAUCUAUUCAGAGAAAAUUGUGUUAACAGUUCGAUUAGAAGUUGUGAAUGUGUGUUUGUGUAUGUACAACGACACAAUAGACAUACACAGAACUGCAAAAGGAACGGAGGAACAGAAAACAAUAUUGAAAGAAAAUCUUAAAACUCUUCGAAUUUCACCAAGAAAAACAUUUACUUUUUGGGGAAAUGUUUAAUAAAUUGUUGCAAAAGUGGCGUUUGUAAGCGAUAAUUUAAGUUUUGAACGUUAUUUUCUUCAGAAAAUGCAGCAAGUGGACGAUCCUCCCUAUUUACAAGUGGGCACGGAAGUCAGUGCCAAAUACAAGGGCGCCUUUUGUGAAGCCAAAGUUAGUGAAGUUGUUCGCAAUAUCAAAGUCAAGGUUGCCUACAAACAGGGCCUAGGUUCUGGUUUAGUAUCCGAUGAUGAUAUUAAAGCAACGCCUGGACAGCUUAGGGUGGGAGCUGUUGUUGAGGUACGCCACCCCGAUCGCAAAGAUUAUGUUGAGGCAACAGUUACAAAAAUUCAAGAUUGUUCCCAGUAUACGGUAGUCUUUGAUGAUGGCGACAUUACAACGUUGAGACGCACGGCUUUAUGUUUGAAAAGUGGACGGCAUUUUAAUGAAAGUGAAACUUUAGAUCAGUUGCCUCUCACUCAUCCUGAACAUUUUGGCAACCCUGUUGUGGGCGGUAGACGUGGCCGUAGACGAGGCCACAUGAACGAUGGUAGUUCCGAUGAAGACGAUGAAAGUGAUGCCAAAGAGGUUGUCAACGAGAAGGAAGAACAUAUUGGCAAAGUUGUGUGUGUCGAAACGGAAUCAAAGAAAAAAGAUAAGGAAAAGUGGUUUCCUGGCUUAGUGGUGGCUCCUACAGCUCAAGCCACGGUACGCAUACGGGUUAAAGAUGAAUAUUUGGUGCGUUCAUUUAAGGAUGGUCGUUAUUAUACGGUGCCGAAAAAGGAAGCAACUGGCUUCACGCGAGAGGCGGCUGCUAAACAAGAUGGUCCCGCAAUACAGGCUGCCUUGGAAUAUCUUGAUAGUGAUGUUCUGCCCCCACAUUGGGAACGAGAUGCCUUAUUUGCCCUAAGCAAUACAUCGAGUGAAAAUGAAGACGAAAUAGAUUCCGACUCUUCGGAUGAUGAGCCACGAGAGGAGAAAGAUCGUUUUGUCGCCCAAUUGUAUAAAUAUAUGGAUGAUCGUGGAACACCACUUAAUAAAGUACCCUCAAUACAAAAUAAGGAUGUUGAUUUAUAUCGACUUUUUCGUGCUGUUCAAAAGAGAGGAGGUUACAAUCGUGUAACUGCCCAAAAUCAAUGGAAAUCAAUUGCGGUUCGCUUGGGUUUCGCCCCUGUCACAGUUAGCAUAACCAAUUUGGUUAAACAGGCAUAUAAGAAAUUCCUACAACCUUAUGGAGAAUUCCAUCGUAAGCUGGGUUGUUCCAUGUUGAUGUCGCCGCGCAACUCAAACCGCAGUAAGGGUCGCAGUUUGGUGCGGGCCAAUUCGGUGGCAUCGCCAAAACCCCAAGACACCAACAGAGAAUCAUCGAUACCAAUAAGCAAAUUGGCAACAACUUCAACUUCAAGUACAGCCUCAACAUCGGCUGCCGCUGCAGCAAAUACCACCACCACUUCCCUGUCAACAUCCAACACGAAUGUUUCGAUUACCGAAGAAUCGGAAAAUACAAGUGAAUCGAGUAGCCAGGAUAAUACAAAUAAAAGUAAACGUAAAUCCUCAUUGGGAGGUUCCUCUACUGCUGGAUCAAGUAGUGGCGUUGCUGCCGCCACUGGUAGUAAGGUCAAAGGGUUGGUGGAAAAAUAUGAAGAAAAAAAUCUUAAAGAUGAUGGUGAUGUUCCGUUGUCUAAAAUGAAAGCCGCCGCUACCAGUGCAAAUAAAGAGAAAAGUGAGGAAAGCGCUAAAGAGAAGGAGAAAGAGCGGGAGCGAGAAAAGGAACGCGACAAGGCUGAGAGGGAGAAGGAAAAGGAAAAAGACAAAGAAAAGGAUAGCGGUAGUUCAAAGGAUUCUUCGGGUCAUGCUACAAGAGAUUCAUCGCCAUCGGGUUCCAAUCUCUCAGCCAAAAAGGACAAAUCACAACGUAAACAAUCAUCCCAAAGUGAUGACAAACGUAAUAAGCGCCGCAAAGAUGAAAUUGUUGUGGAAAAAAUAGAUACAGGUGAUUUUGUCGUAGAGACUGGAGAUAAAUUAAAGGUCUACUAUCACGAGAAAAAGGUGACGUAUGAGGCCAAAGUUUUGGAAAUCACAUUACAACGUAAUACCCCAAUGUAUUUGGUACACUAUACGGGAUGGAAUAAUCGUUACGAUGAAUGGGUGCCACGGGAACGUAUUGCCGAAAAUCUAACUAAAGGUUCGAAAUUUAAGGGACGUUCGUCGAACAGUAAUGAAAAGACAAAAGAGAAUCCUCCAAAACCCCCAACAGCAUCGUCAUUUGCUUCAGCUGGUAGUGGUGGGGGUGGUGGCGGCACCGGGAGCGGAGGUGGAAAUAGUGGUUCAACAUCAUCCUCGGCUUCCAGCGGCAAUCAACAAAAUCUCUCAUCGGCAGCGGCAAAAACACCAACCGCUGCUGCCAAACGUGGCAGGGGACGUAGUGAUUCAAUGCCACCACGUUCCACCACACCAUCCUCGGUUGCCUCCAACUCCAGUCGUACCAAAUCACCAGCUACAUCUUCGGCUCUAAAGAAACGUCCUCAGCGACAAAUGCAGGGUAAUAUCAGGCGAACAUCGGCAAAUGUAUCCGAUGUAUCCAUGGCCACGGAAGAAGAAUCCGACACCGAUUCAGAUGAACCCGUUAAACGUCCAAAUCGCAACCUAAAAGAUUCCCUCAAAACCCGAAAAUCACCAGGAAAAUCGAAAAUGUCCAUAUCAGCACCGAAUAGUCAAUCGGAAAGUGAGGACAACGAUGAAGAUGAGGAGGAGGAUGAAGAUAUGCCAUCUACAAGUAAGACAACAACUCCUCGCAAGGGCAGAGAUUAUGAUCUAUCACAGAUUCGCUCGGAACUUAAGGGUUUCGAGACCAUAAAAUCAUCAUCUGCCAAUGACUUGGACGAUUCGGGCGAAAUCAAACAUGAGACAAAAGAUUCACCUUUGGGUAAAAUUAAAACAGAAAAGCCGGAAUUUGAUUCAAAAUCCUCAACAAAUUCAGCCGCUUCAUCGGUUAUAAUUAAGGAGGAAUUGAAAUCGGAAUCCAAGGAGGAACCCCAUAAGAGAUCCUCAACGGAAGUGUCCUCGGAAACAGAUUCCUUUGGCGAUGAUGAAUCACAGUCAUCCGAUAAGACAACCAAAUUGGAAAAUAUGCGUAAGAAAUUCCAACAGCUAAUUAAUGCCGAUAAAUCUUCUGAAAAAUCAUCCACAAAGCCACAAUCGUUUAGUGGUGCCGGUGGCAAUCGGGUUGUGGAAAAAAUAAUCAAGGAGCGCGAAUCCGAGAAACGCAAUGAAGCUUCAAAAGCAAAGAUUACCAUCAAGGAGGAAAUUAAGCCAACAUUGGCAUCCUUAAAAAUGGAAAUGGAUAUGAAAAGGGAUAGCAGCACGCCCAUAAAGGAUGAAGAAAAGAAAUCCCUGAUUGGCACACUGGGUUCCGAAAUGAAAUGCUCUUUAAUACAACCCACACGUUUUCCCACCUCGGCAACAUCGUCAUCGCUAACACCCUCAUCCACUCCCAAUAAGUAUGCCUCGGUUAUUGUGGAAAAACCAUUAUCUGCUGUCAAGAAAUUGGAGACUUCAUUUACGAAAAAGGUGGACACUCCCAAGAAGUCCUCGUCGUCGUCUCUAACUGAAAGUCAAAUGUCUGUGCACACCAUUAAAAAGUUUAUUGAGCCAAAUGUCCACAAGGAAAUACUAAAGGUUGAGCCACCAGCAGCAUGUUCCCCCUCAUCGACAUCCUCUACAUCUUCUUCCACAUCGUCCUCAUCAUCGGCCACAUCGUCUUCUUCGGGCUCUAGAUUUUUACCCGAUAUGAGUAAAUUGGAUAUAAGCGGAACUUCGUCGUCUUCUAAUUCAACAUCUUCGCCCUCAAAUUCCACCUCAUCAUCCUCGACAACUUCAUACGCCAGUGCCGUAGCCAAGGAACAAAAGGCGGCGGGCAAUAUUAUGACUGUGAACAAGCCACCAUCGCCAGAUAUCUACGAAUUCAAAGAUACCGAACCAUUUGAAUUUGAAAUACGUAAAUCACCAAUGGUGACUGGUGGCAGCAGCAGCAGCGGCGGUAGUUCAUCCGUUAUAACUGCCAAUUUGGGCAGUUCUUUGGCAGCCUCUUUGGCGGCAUCUUCAGCUACAGCUGGUGGUGCUUUUAGUACCAACACAUCGAGUGUUGGGGCAAGCAGUUCGGCACAACGACUCAAGACUUCCGUAAAAACGGAUCUACAUAUGCCCAUGGCACAAAAUCCCAUGUCGACCAUAGUCAAAAACAAGAAACGUGGUUCGCCCAUGAAGGAAUCGGUCAUAGAGAAAUCAAAACUAUUGAAACUCGACGAUAAACCCAGUAAUCCAAGUCCUUUGGUACAGGAUGCCAAACUUGUACAUCAUUCUACAAUGUCGGGAGGUCCAACGGCCAUUGUUAAAACGCCAGCAAGUGCCAUGGCCAAGACAGCAGCGGGUACAACAAUAAUGCAUGCUCCGGCACUACCGAAAACCGCAGCUCCCAUUAAUACGCCAGCCUCAAGUGCUUCAUCACUGUUGGCUCCUGUGAUAACAGUGCCCCAGAAGCACUCGUCCUCCUCUUCAGCAGAAGCGCCAUCUGUUUUCGAUGCCCUACGUAAAUCUCCCAGUUUUAACUUGAAUAUCAAUGCUCUAAAUGAAGAGUUGGCACAAACAGUACAAGAAACCACCAGGGCCUUGACAGAUGCUUUGCAGACACCUCAGUCACAGGUGAUAGUGCCCAAUAAUCCAAACGAAAGUACCCCAACUAAAAUGAUUGUAAAUAUGCCUGUCUCUAGUGGUGGUGGACCUAACUUAAAACCUCUGCUCCAGACACCACCACCAGCACCACAACCAGCAGCACACCCACCAACUUCUACGGGUGCUGGUACUGCAACAUCAGUUUCUACUUCACAGACUAUACAAUCUCCCAAACUUACCACCCCACCGAGCAGUAGUAAUACCACCACAACUAAACCUCAAGUGGGAAGUCCAUUCAUUGAGACCCGAAGUGUUUUUGAACUAUCCUUUGGAGCUGGUACCAGUGGCCGGGAGAAUAAAUUUGAGCUUGAGAAUGCCAAGGUGUUGUUGUCGGCUACAGGCGGAGUUUUUGAUUUGGAUGUUUCGAAAUUGGAAACAAAACCUUCAACCUCUUCCAUUGCUGAUAAAGUCCUCAAAGCCAUUUCACAGAAGAAAGAAGAAGAGGAGAACAAGAAACAAGAGGAAUCGAGGAAAGAAAAAGAGGGAACACUUGCAGAACCCACGAAAGAAACAACUGGUCUUUUGGGACUGGCUGCAUUAGCGGGUAAAAGUAAUUUGGAUGCCUUGCCACAGCCAUCAACCACUUUCCCAAGUACUUCAUCGUCGGUACUGCUAAGUGAACCAUUGAAAAUCAACACCGACCUAACAGCCGGUCAGGUCUGCACAACACUGUUGAGUGGUCCCCUCAACACAUUCUUGGCAAACAAACGCACACCUCUAACAUCUCCAGAACCAAAAAUGGGCAUACUGGAGUCGAUGAGUGGUACCAAAAACCAACUAUCCGAAACCAUACAAAAACUGGAAUGUGCCAUUCAAAGACGUACACCAGUCACGAGUCAUCCUGUAACACCUACCACACCCCUAUCGACCACAAAUCCCGAGACCUUUUCCGAAGACAGUAAUGACAGUACAGAUUCUGAAAGACGUUUGGUCAUUGAAGAUGUUGUCGAUGAAACGGGCCCAGCACAACCACAAUCUACAGCCACAACAUCUGUCGUCGAACAAAAACCCAGUCCUGUGUCAUUGCCCAGAACAGAGUCCCCAUCAUUGUCAUCCAAAUCAACGGCGACAUCCACGACAACGGUAACACCCAUUGUCAGCAUCAGCAGUAGUAGUUUACCCAUUAAACUGGAAUCCACAUUGGUACCCACGAAAAUAGCCUAUGCCGCCCAACAUGACAUUCCUGCACCAAUACCCAUUAAAGCUGUGACAGCUAUUACCGCAACCAGAGCCACAAUCACCCCGACCAUAGCAUCGAAUCCAACGAAUAUUGUCAAUAUAGUGUCCUCAUCAAGUUUGGUGGUGAAUAAACCGGGAAGUGGUACUGUGGUAUAUCCCAAUAGCAGUGGUAACCUUAAGCCGGUUAUACAAACAAAUCCCCAAUCAAAUAGUGCAGUCUCGGCAGCAAACUCUCCACCAGCCUUGCCAAAAAGUGUUGUAGUUAUGUCUAGUGGAUUGAAUUUGCACCAAAACACCACCCAAAUUGGAGGCAGUGCAGAGACCACUGCCAGCAACAGUAGUGGUGCAACAAAUGUCAUAUCAACGCAACACGCCAAGCUACAGCAAGGCUUAAGAGUCACGGCUAGUGGUGUGGUGACGGCCUCCAGUACUGGUGUACCCAUUGACCUACCCGAUAUACCAGCCUCAGUGGUUGUGGCCUCCUCGGCUGUACCCUCUGUCAUGGCCGCGGCCCAGGCAGCAGCAGCUGCUUUACAAACCCCCAAACAAACACCACAGAAACAAGUGCCACAAUCCUCUCAAGCCAUUACCCCACCCACACUCAGUGGUGGCAGUAUAGCCAAGCCAACACCAAUUAUACCCAUCUCAACGGCAUCCGUGUCGAGUCCCCUGCAAAGUCUCAUUACCCCCGUCCAAAGUAGUGGUGGUCCCACAGCAUUUGUGGCCACAACAAAAUCAUUUGAGAAUUCCACCACCAUUAGGCCGAUUGUGCCACAGAUUAUAAAACCCAAUAUAAGUUCGAGUGGUAUACCCUUAACGGUGACCAAAACAUCUGGGGGUUUUCAUCCAAUUACCACCUCAGGUCCACCGGCAUCAACGUCUGGUUUCUAUUUGGAUCCUCGCACUGAACUACGACCCGAUGAUGGUCUCAAGCCUUUGAUUGAUAUACCCAAACCACAGGGUAGUUCCACAACAACAACAACGAGAAUUGAAAAUAUCGCCAGCAGUAGUAAUUUACCCCACCUGGAUAGUUCAUCCAAUUUGCCAGACACCCACAAUGAUUCCAUAAAUCAGUUGCGUUGUGAAGAAACCAUACCCGGUAGUCCGGCUUCAGUUAUAGCAGGACGUGAAGAUUCACAAGAGCGUACGGCGACAUCUUUAUUGCCCGAUCCAAUCGGGUGUGGCGAUAAAGAUUUCUCCGUUUUAGGUAGUGCUACUAAAACCAUAACUGCUGAAUCCUCGAACAUGGAAUCGGCGGCUAUUGCGGGCAGUGCUAAUGUCAAUAGUUCUCCCAAUGAUUCUGGCAGCCAAGAGGAUGAAUCAAGUGAAGACAUUAAAAAAGAUUUGGAUCUCGAUAGUGGUGUUUCACCACAGAAACGUAGACGUACACGCAAGCAAGGUGAUGGCAGCACCAGUGGUUCAUUGUCCCAUGAACAGCAGCAGCAGCAACAACAGCAGCAGCAGCAGCAACACCAACACAUACAACAGCAAUCGAAGCGACGUCGUGCUAUGACAAUAAAUAAAAAUAAAACAGCUGGUUCUGAUAGCGAUGACAAUUCAGAUAAUAUUUCCCAACGCAGCGCACACACCCCAAGACACAGUCUACAACAACAGUCGCAGACACAACAAAGUUCUUCAUCAUCAUCAGGUUCAAAACCAUGUCCAUACAAUUUCCUGGUACAAUUGGAUCCCUCCCUUAGCUCCGAUCAAUGUAUAGCAAUAUUAUUAAAACAAAUACAAGAUUUGCGCAAAACCUAUAACAUUAUUAAAACAGAUUUGGCCAGUAUUGAUCGACGGCGGAAGAAGUUGCGUCGACGAGAACGUGAAAAGAAACAGCUGAUGCAGAGUCAACAGCAAAUGAAGGUGGGCACAUAAAAGGCGUUGCCGUUACUGUUGCUGUGAUGUAAAGGGUAAUGGCUGCCGACACACUCGGCCUUUAAAUCUUGUUCGCUCGCUCGCCCACUCAUCCUUUCCAGCCACAUCUUUUUUUUUUAACGGACAGAACAACGUUGCAAUUUGUUUAUUAUGUAUUAAUAUUAAACACAAAGUAGUAUAUAAGAGCAUUUUCGAAGCAAAAAAUAUUCGAAUACGAAUUUCAUACAAGGUUUUUGUUUUUUUUUUGUACGUACAUUGCAAUGUUCAAAACAUAAACAAAUGUAUCUACGAUCGAUCCCAGCAAUCUAUUUGGGGCAGAAUGAAAUUCAGAUAUUUUUUCAAAAGUAGAUUUUAGUAGAGUUGAAAAAAGCUAUAUACUCCAAAAAAAAAAAUCGCAAAAUUUUAUGAAGAAUUGUAAAAAACACACACACAUGCAAAUUUUUGUAACAUUUUUGGUAAAAAAGUAAUUAAGACUCUACCAAUAAUUUCUUUUAAUUAGAAUUUGUUUUAAUUUACACUUUAGAUUGUUAGCUAUGUAAUAAAAAGAAAUUGAAAAAAAAAACACACAAAAA